UCUUGCACGAGGAAUGGCCUCAGAAGGGAAGAACAAGCUUCAGAAAAAGAAAAGCGCGGGGCGCACGGCGCGCGUGGACGACGGCGGAGGGAGCGCGGCCGGGGACUACCUGGUGGGACAGGUCGCCGACAGCCUGUUACGUGGCGUGCGCGCUCCGCGAGGCAGCGACACCACGCUGACCGCCCUCUUCAGCGCCUCCGCGCCGCGGGCCCUCCCGGUGUACAUCCCCGCGCCACAGGAAGCCUCGCGGAAGCGGGGGCGCGAGCCGCGGGAGGAGAGCCCACCCCAGGGUCGCAGGCCACUUUUGCAAAAGACGAAAGCGAGGAAGAAACUGUCCGAGACGGAGGCCAGGUUGGCCAACAGGGAAAGUGCUCUAGCAAGUGCUGAUUUAGAAGAAGAAAUUCAUCAGAAACAGAAAGGGAAAAAUUCCCAGUCUAGUAUUAAAGUAACUGAUAGACACAGCUACAAUGUAAGUCAAAGAAAGAAAAUUGAGAUCAAUCAAGAAGAAGAAAGAUUAAAGAAUGAGAGGACUAUAUUUGUUGGGAACUUGCCUGUCACAUGUAAUAAGAAGAAACUGAAGUCAUUUUUUAGGGAGUAUGGACAAAUAGAAUCUGUGCGGUUUCGUUCUCUAAUUCCAGCAGAAGGAACUCUAUCCAAAAAGUUGGCAGCAAUAAAACGUAAAAUUCAUCCUGAUCAGAAAAACAUUAAUGCUUAUGUUGUGUUUAAGGAUGAGAUUGCUGCUACAAAAGCACUGAAAAGAAAUGGGGCCCAAAUUGCAGAUGGAUUUCGUAUUCGAGUUGAUCUUGCAUCUGAGACCUCGUCUAGAGACAAGAGAUCAGUAUUUGUGGGGAAUCUCCCAUUCAAAGUUGAAGAAUCUGCUGUGGAGGAGCAUUUUUUGGACUGUGGGAGUAUUGUGGCAGUGAGGAUUGUGAGAGACCCAGUUACAGGAGUAGGCAAAGGAUUUGGCUAUGUGCUCUUUAAGGACACAGAUGCUGUUCAUCUUGCUCUGAAAUUAAAUAAUUCUGAGCUAAUGGGAAGAAAACUCAGAGUCAUGCGUUCUGUGAAUAAGGAAAAAUUAAAACAGCAAAAUUCAAAUCCAGGUUUGAAAAAAGUCAGUAAACCUAAGCAGAGUCUUAAUUCUGCUUCCAAAGAUGCAGGACAUUCUAAACGUGUAUUUAUUGGAGAAAAGGCUGUUCUGAUUAAAAAGAAGAAGAAAGGACAGAAGAAAAGUAGACAGGCUAAGAAACAGAGAAAACAGAAGUAGCCGUUGGAAGCCUAUGCUCUCUUUCCUGUAGAGGACUGCUGAUUUAAGUGGAUGAACCCAGGAAUUGAGUCAGGAUGUUUAUGGAUCCUAUGUGUGAAAUAUGAAGACUUCCACAGCCUUAGUUGGUUUGCAUCAUAAUGCUACCUUUGCAGCAUUUGUUUUUAGAUGCGCAAACUAGUUACCAUGGAUUAUGUGUCACUACUAAAGGUACAAGAGAUGACUUUGGACCUAAGAUGAAUGUUAAGAUUUUAAUGAUUAUUUAUUAGUUUAUAUUAGAAAUACACAUUUUUAUACUUCAGAUGGUGAUUGCAAGAAUAUUAUUACUUGGAAUGAGACUAAGUUAAAAAGUAAGUAAACUUAAAAGCAAAUCUUAAUACUGAUUGCACUUAGACCACGUCUAAUAGCCUCAAAGUGGGAAUGCUGAUCCCAAGUCUAGUCAUAAACCCUGAGAAAGAUUCAAGAACUGUUGUAGAAUAUCUACUCAUUUUUCUUUCCUUGCACUUGAGACAGUGUACUUCUGUAUUCUUAUCUCAUUCCACUAACCCAAUAAUAACUAACCAACAAGAAUAUAAAA